UCAGUUGUGACAAAUAUUUUGCUACCUAUUUGUAAAAAUAUUUGAUUCAUAAUAUUGAAUAACAAAAUUAAGUGGUUAAAUUGAUUAGAGUGGAGUGGUGGCAGCAAAGUACACAUUAUGUCAAAGUAGUGAUAAAAUAUAUCGUUAGGAGAAACUUUUUUUAAAUAAUGUAUGUUGCAAUCAGAUGGCUAUCAGCAUUAAGCUUUGCCAUGUGGCUGGGACUGUGCUGUCUUGAUAUGUAUUUGGCCCACUAUAAGACUAGCAUAGAUCUAAGUACUGCUGUCACAUCAUAUAAGGUUUACAAAUAUAGCAAUGAGUCCAUUUUGAAAGAUGUAAAAAUUGAAAAUUUAACCCAAAAACGGCAUCUAAGAAAAAAACAUAAGCACCAUCGGAUUGCCUACCUACAUUAUGUAACAAUUUUGGCUGGCGCCGUUGCUGUGUUCAUAUACAAUAAGAAAACCUUGUUGGUUACAUACUACAAAAGUAAGAUUUAUAUACCACUUAAAUUGCUCGAGAAUCAAAUCAGUUUUAAAAUAACCGCCGACUAUGCAAGUGUUGCCAUGCUCCAAUGUUGGAGAUUUUUAAAGGAAAAGCUGCAAUACUAUGCUCUCAACAUGAAACAAGCUGAAAAUGGAAACAACACUAAUUUAUCAUUACUUAAAAGGUUGCAAGACCUUGUGCGUGAUCGUAAAGCUCUAGGCCAGAUUCUAAUGGCAACCAUUGAAGAGAACAAAAAUAUCAAACGACAAUGUCAGUUAGAGAUCAUCACCAAAAAUCGGCUUUUACGUUACGUCCAAGAUACACAAAAAAUAAUGAAAGAGAACAAAUCACGCUACGUUGAUUUCCAGCAACUUUACAUGACAACAGCAAAAGAAAACAGUUUGCUGAAAUACACCAUCAAGAAACUGCAGAAUGAAAGAGCUGAAGCAGAGAAAAAUUUGGUAGAGUUGAUUAAUAUCGUUUAUAGGUCGAGAAAUAACGAUCUAAAGGCCUAUUGCACCCGCUUCAUUGUGCAUCCGAAGAAAAACUUACUAAAUUCGGACGUCGCCGCUGAAAUAAACAAGUUUUUGCAAAAACCGAAACCUUUAAUAACACGCAUUCACGAAAACCCGCUUUUUUCCAACAGUGAUCUUGUAACCCCGAGGGUGACUGAAAUUUUGGAAGAUGAUCACAAUUUCGCAAGCUUUGGGUCCAGUGGACCCAAACUACGUGGACUGCCAGGUGAAUUUGUCUGGACUGCCAAAAAUAAAGACGGCUUUAUUGAGAAGCUAUACGAAUAUGAUAGUGGAACUCGUUCGGAUGAUGGUGACACCAUACGAAGGAUAAGGGAAUAUUCAGUAUAUCAUGAUAAAGAUAGUCUUUUGGAUCAGACAAUAAGUUUGGCCGCUAACAUCCCAACUUUCCCAAGCUUAAGCGCGAGUGCUACAAGGUUAAGGCUCGAUAUUAAAUCCUUCUCAAGCAAAGGGUUCCUGACAAAUGUCCUGCUCAAAAAUAUAUCUUUACAACUGCCGUCCUGCGCUGAAACACCUCCGUUGCCCUAUGCUACGAGUACUUGUGAUUUGUAGAAAAUUUAUGCUUGUAACGAUGUACCGUUUGUUUACGAAUAAAUUCAUU